CGACGCUGAUAAAUACAAAAAAAAAGAAAAAAAAAGAAAAAGAAAGAACUAUUGUAGUUUAUUUUGGCAGAAGGAGAAACUAGAGGGGAGUGAAGGGAUUGUUGGGGAUGGGGGAAAGUAAGAGACUUUGCGGUUUGUGUUUUGCCAUUCUUUAUGUGUGGAUGAUCGAUCCGGUGAUAGCUACAGGGAGAGAGGUUCCUCUCUUGGACUUCCAGAGAUAUCAUCAGACACCCAGUUCUGGUUUGGGUGUUGGGUUUUCCAAUUUAUUCAACACCAUUUAUGAUACUUCCAAAUAUGGGAAUCUGCAACUCAACAACGGCUUGGGUCAAACUCCCCAGAUGGGAUGGAAUAGCUGGAAUUUUUUUGGUUGCAAUAUAUCAGAAGUGGUCAUCAAGGAAACAGCGGAUGCACUUAUCUCAACAGGCUUGGCUGAUCUAGGUUAUGUGUAUGUCAAUAUAGAUGAUUGCUGGUCUAGUGUAACUAGAAAUUCAAAGGGUGAACUAGUCCCCGAUCCAAAGACUUUUCCUUCAGGAAUUAAAGCUCUUGCUGAUUAUGUUCAUGGCAAAGGCCUGAAGCUUGGCAUUUAUUCUGAUGCUGGGUUGUUUACAUGUCAAGUUCGACCUGGAUCGCUUUUCCACGAAAAGGAUGAUGCACAGCAGUUUGCUUCUUGGGAUCUGGAUUAUUUGAAAUAUGAUAACUGUUUCAAUCUGGAUAUUGAUCCGAAAGAAAGAUAUCCUCCAAUGCGGGAUGCACUGAACGCAACUGGACGAACAAUUUUCUAUUCCCUCUGUGAAUGGGGUGUUGAAGACCCUGCCUUAUGGGCACGUGGAGUCGGAAACAGCUGGCGAACAACUGGUGACAUCAAUGAUACAUGGGUAAGCAUGACUACAAUUGCUGAUCUGAAUGACAAGUGGGCUGCAUAUGCGGGACCUGGUGGAUGGAAUGAUCCAGAUAUGCUGGAAGUUGGAAAUGGUGGCAUGACUCAUCAGGAGUAUCGUUCUCAUUUUAGCAUCUGGGCUUUGAUGAAGGCUCCUCUUUUAGUUGGUUGUGAUGUAAGAAACAUUACUGCUGAAACAUUUGAGAUUAUAAGCAAUAAGGAGGUCAUUGCUGUAAACCAAGACCCACUAGGGGUUCAGGGAAGGAAAGUCUAUGUUGAAGGACCAGAUAACUGCCUUCAGGUUUGGGCAGGUCCCUUGUCCGAGCAUCGUUUGGCAGUUGUUCUCUGGAAUCGAUGUUCAGAAGCUGCAACUGUAACAGCUCCAUGGGAAGCACUUGGACUUGAAUCCAGUACCAGUGUCUCAGUAAGAGAUCUGUGGCAGCACAAAACACUGGAUAGAAAUGUGGUGGCAUCUUUUAAUGCUGAAGUCGAUGCACAUGACUGUCACAUGUAUAUUUUCACUCCGCAGGCAGGCAGGGUCUCAGACGAAUAGUUUAGUUUCAUUCUGGUAGCUCAUCAACAUUGAUAGCUUCUGCCUUUUGUAUGUUGCAGCGUCAAUGUUGACCGUUAAAUGCUGACAAAAGAAAAUUUACUGUUAAAUUGUCAUUGUGGAAAUAAAUAGGCACUGAUGGCCCAUGCUUGUUGCGUCACUUACUGUGUUGUAAAUAUUUGAAGAACUGUUGUGUGGGUACCCAUUUAUGCCAGGAGUAAUAAGCAACAAAGUGGAGUUUACUUGUGCGUUGUUGAGGCUUGAAAAUAUGUGGUUGUUUGCCAUUGAAACUUUGACCUGGUACCACGAUUGAUUACUCAGA